AUGGAUGUAGAACUGACUGUUGAGAAGAGGAACUUGCUUUCUGUGGGGUAUAAGAAAGUGGUGGGUUCUUGGAGGGCGUCGUGGAGGAUCUUGUCUUCGAUUGAGCAGAAGGAAGAGUCUAAUAGAAACGAAGUGAAUGCCAAAUGGAUCAAAGAAUACAGGCAUAUAGUGGAGUCGGAGCUCAUUGAGAUUUGUGGUGAUAUUAUGACUGUGAUUGAUGAGCAUCUUAUGUGGAUCGGAAUUAAAGUUUUCUACAACAAAUCAUCCUCAGACGGAUGGACAGAUAAAGAGAAUGAAUGCUUUGCUGGAAGAAUACCUCCGACAUUAUGUGACUGCAAGUCAGAGCAACUGGGUUGA